AUGCAGCUGCCAUUCCGCGCGGUGCGCAGCCUGCUGGCUUCAAAGGAUACGUCAGCCCACAACGAGAACACGGUGGUGGUGGCGCUGGCGGGCUGGUUAGAGCUGGGGGUGGGGCGCCGUGCCACUGUGGACCAGCGGCGGCAGCUCGUGGAGCUGGUCCGCCUGCCGUUUUUGACCAGCAGCUUCAUAGGCGACAUCCUGCAUGGCCUGCCCUGGAUGAGGGAGGUGCUCAACCAGAGCACCCUCCUGGCCGCCUUCCAGUUCGCAGUCGCCAGCGAGGCGACGCGCGCGCGGCUGGUGGCGGAGUUCGCCUCGCACCCCGCCUCACCCCCAAGCAUGCGCUACUUCAGGGCGCCGCGCCCGGCCAGCGCCGUGGGCAAGCUCGUGUUUGACUGGAGUGUGGAGCUCGCGCACAUAAAGCGCAUGGUGGCAGACGCCCGGCUGUGGAACAGGGUGGUGGAGGCGCAGUCGCCGCUGCAUUACUUUGCAG